AUGACCGUCACCAAUUCAGAGGAAUAUAAACAGUUUUUUAACUCAUACGCUGAGGAUAUGCGAAAGGAGGCGCACCAGGCUGUUUAUACAGGCAUUCCGCACAAAAUAAAGCAUCUUCGGCAUUUAAUGGAAAUAUCUCCCUUGAUUAAUUCAGCGGGCAUCAGUCAUGUCCACCGGAUCUCCCCAGCAAAACGGACGGCAGGGUCAGAGAGGGACCCCUCAUCAUCGAAGAAGCGACGUAUAGAGAAUGAGGUGAAAGGAAUGGAAGAAGACACGAACGAGUCUGUCAAACAAUUGCAUUUCAAUCUUCUCUAUAUCGACGACGGCCGUACAUUUGCGAAGCUAGUUCACGAAUCGAUCUUUAAAGAACUGACCGCUGCAGAGGACUCGGCGCUUGCCAUCGCAGACUCUAUCCACCAGUAUUUCUCCAAACGGGCAACACUUGUUACCAGCUGCGUACAACAUAAAAGAGUUCAGGAUUUUCAAGAAGCAGUGAAAGAACUCGAUGCGCUGGAAUGGUUACAUAUAAAGUCUACCUUCAAUGAUCUUUCCCUGACCUAUGUCGUGCUCUUCACUCGAAUAACAAAAGCCUGGACGGUGCUUGAGCCCCAUCGACCGUGAAUACUCCCGUCAUACAAUCAUAGACUCAUCAUAAACAG